AACAACUUGUGUCUCAAAUGUUAAGAUUUUCAUGUUUUUUGUGGUGUGGGCCAUGUUAUGUGAGUUCCAAUAUCAGCCAGGGAGUUUCUUCUGAUGAAGGACUGAUGGAACCAAUCGACUAAUGUGUUGAAUUCUUCAUCAGAUCACUGGAUACGGCGCGUCAAUUUUGGGCAAGUAGUCGGCCCGAGUCGGCCUCCUUUCCUUUGCGACAAGUAACGACACCGCCACAACACACAAGGUUUUUCAAUAAUGGCUUCGAGUGAUGGACUCGUCGAUGUCCGAGGAAAUGUUCAAGAAGUUGAGUAUCAGAUCAAGGAUCCUCUCGAAUGCAAAGUGUGUGGUAUGACAUUCAAUGAAAAAAGACAUCUAAGACGCCAUCUUCGAUACCAUUCGGAGCAGAAGCGUUCUGCGUGUACUAUUUCCAAAAAAGCAAUUUGUAAAGCCAGUCUUAAGACACAUCUUCUGAUCCAUACUGGCGAGAAGUCUUUUGAAUGCACAAUUUGCAACAAGACGUUUGGCAACUCAAGUACUCUCAGGACGCAUCUUCAAACCCAUACUGGUGAGAAGCCUUUUGAAUGCUCGAUUUGCAACAAAAUGUUUGGCAGAACUUCUGACCUCAAAACACAUCUUCGAAUCCAUACUGGUGAGAAGUCUUUUGAAUGCACAAUUUGCAACAAGACGUUUGGCCACUCAAGUACUCUCAAGAGGCAUCUUCGAACCCACACUGGUGAGAAGCCUUUUGAAUGCUCGAUUUGCAACAAGACGUUUGGCCACUUAAGUACUCUCAAGAGGCAUCUUCGAACCCACACUGGUGAGAAGCCUUUUGAAUGCUCGAUUUGCAACAAGACGUUUGGCCACUCAAGUACUCUCAAGAGGCAUCUCCGAACCCACACUGGUGAGAAGCCUUUUGAAUGCUCGAUUUGCAACAAGACUUUUCGCCAAGCUUCUUCUCUCAAGACGCAUCUUCGAAUCCAUACUGGUGAGAAGUCUUUUGAAUGCACAAUUUGCAACAAGACGUUUGGCCACUCAAGAACUCUCACGAGGCAUCUUCAAACCCACACUGGUGAGAAGCCUUUUGAAUGCUCGAUUUGCAACAAGACUUUUCGCCAAGCUGCUCAUCUCAAAACACAUCUUCGAACCCAUACUGGUGAGAAGCCUUUUAAAUGCUCAAUUUGUAAGAAGACGUUUAGCCACUCUUGUACUCUCGAGGUCCAUCGACGAAGUCAUACCGGUGAGAAGCCUUUUGAAUGCAAAAUUUGCAACAAGAGGUUUGGCCACUCAAGUACUCUCAAGACGCAUCUUCAAACCCAUACUGCUGAGAAGCCUUUUGAAUGUUUGAUUUGCAACAAAAUGUUUGGCAGAACUUCUGACCUCAAAACACAUCUUCGAAUCCAUGCUGGUGACAAGUCUUUUGAAUGCACAAUUUGCAACAAGACGUUUUGCCAAGCUGGUUAUCUCAAGGAACAUCUUCGAAGCCAUACUGGUGAGAAGCCUUUUGAAUGCUCGAUUUGCAACAAAAUGUUUGGCAGAACUUCUGAGCUCAAAACACAUCUUCGAACCCAUACUGGUGAGAAGCCUUUUAAAUGCUCAAUUUGUAAGAAGACGUUUAGCCACUCUUGUACUCUCGAGGUGCAUCGACGAAGUCAUACCGGUGAGAAGCCUUUUGGAUGCUCGAUUUGCAACAAGACGUUUGGCAUCUCAAGUACUCUCAGGACGCAUCUUCGAACCCAUACUGGUGAGAAGCCUUUUAAAUGCUCAAUUUGUAAGAAGACGUUUAGCCACUCUUGUACUCUCGAGGUGCAUCGACGAAGUCAUACUGGUGAGAAGCCUUUUGAAUGCUCGAUUUGCAACAAGACUUUUCGCCAAAUUGCUCAUCUCAAGACGCAUCUUCGAAUCCAUACUGGUGAGAAGUCUUUUGAAUGCACAAUUUGCAACAAGACGUUUCGCCUAGCUGGUCAUCUCAAGACGCAUCUUCGAAUCCAUACUGGUGAGAAGCCUUUUGAAUGUUCGAUUUGCAAGAAGACUUUUCGCCAAGCUGCUCAUCUCAAGACACAUCUUCGAACCUAUUCUGAUGAGAAGCCUUACGAGUGUGUAGUUUGCAAUAAGAAGUUCACACAUGUACAUCUUUUAAAAAUCCAUGGCCGAAGUCAUACCGUGGAAAAGCCUUUCAGGUGCACAGAGUGCGGUAAAUCGUUCAGUCAGCGGAAUUCUCUGAUGGCACAUCUUUAUACUUAUUUACAGGAAUAAACAUUUUAGUGCACUGUGUGCAAUAAGAGGUGCUCUCAAGCAGGUGAUCUCGGGGUACAUAUCCGAACACUCACUGGUAAGAGCGAGGGGUUACCCACUCCGGGAAUCGUGUGUACACUCAGUCCAGGAAUCGUUCGUAAUUUGCUCAAAAUUUUAUCGAAAAUCUUAAAAAUUUCAAUGGAGAGGGAUAUGUAAUAGAAUCAGAAGGUAAGAACACUCAGAAGGUAAGAAAAAUCUUCAAAAACCUCUCCUUUUAUGCAAGAUUGGUUCAGGAAUCGCGGGAAUCCGGAAUCGUGUGUACGCCCAAGUACCGAGUGGGUAACCCCUCGGGUAAGAGGCCUUUCGAGGGCUCACUUUGUAAAAGAAUGUUUAUACUUCAGGUGGCCUUCGGUUGCACCUUUUAACCCAUAUUGCCGC